AUGUCGGGGAAGAUGAGAAAAACUGUGGCGCUCUGCCUGCUGGCUCUCAUCCUCCACUUCCAGCCCCAGUCCACUGCUGCUGAGGAGGAGAUCACCGGAAGCAGGGAUGUGUGGGAUGGAGGAGGAUGCAGCUCCCAAGAGGACGGCCAGAACACUCAGUGCCAGACGACAAUGAAGAGUGAACACAAAGAGAGGAGUUACAAAUUAACAGACUUGGAUGAUGAAGAAAAAGGUAGAAGCAAAACCACUGAUUUCACCACCAAAACAGAUGUCACGACAACCACUAAUGCCACGACAACCACUGAUGUCACCACCACUCCUGAUGUCACGACAAAAACUGACGUCAUGACAACCACUGAUGUCACCACCAAAACAGAUGUCACCAUAACCACUGAUGUCACCACAACCACCGAUGUCACCACCACUCCUGAUGUCACCACUACUCCUGAUGUCACCACAACCACUGAUGUCACCACCACUCCUGAUGUCACCACAACCACUGAUGUCACCACCAAAACAGAUGUCACGACAACCACUGAUGUCACCACAACCACCGAUGUCACCACCACUCCUGAUGUCACCACUACUCCUGAUGUCACCACAACCACUGAUGCCACCAAAACCACUGAUGCCACCAAAACCACUGAUGCCAACACUACUCGUGAUGUCACAACCACUGAUGUCACCACCAAAACAGAUGUCACGACAACCACUAAUGUCACCACCACUCCUGAUGUCACGACAACCACUGAUGUCACGACAACCACUGAUGUCACGACCACUCCUGACAUCACGACAACCACCGAUGUCACCACCACUCCUGAUGUCACCACUACUCCUGAUGUCACCACAGCCACUGAUGUCACCACCACUCCUGAUGUCACCACAACCACUGAUGCCACCACAACCACUGAUGGCACCACCACUCCUGAUGUCACCACCACUCCUGAUGUCACAACAACCACUGAUGCCACCACCACUCCAGAUGCCACCACAACCACUGAUGCCACCACAACCACUGAUGUCACCACCACUCCUGAUGUCACCACAACCACUGAUGGCACCACCACUCCUGAUGCCACCACAACCACUGAUGCCACCACAACCACUGAUGCCAUCACCACACCUGAUGUCACCACAACCACUGAUGCCACCACUCCUCAUGUCACGACAACCACUGAUGUCAUGACAACCACUGAUGCCACCACAACCACUGAUGCCACCACUACUCCUGAUGCCACCACAACCACUGAUGCCACCACAACCACUGAUGUCACCACCACUCCAGAUGUCACCACAACCACUGAUGUCACCACCACUCCUGAUGUCACCACAAGCACUGAUGUCACCACCACUCCUGAUGUCACCACCACUCCUGAUGUCACCACAACCACUGAUGUCACCACAACCACUGAUGCCACCACUCCUCAUGUCAUGACAACCACUGAUGGCACUACCACUCCUGAUGUCACCACCACUCCUGAUGUCACCACAACCACUGAUGCCACCACAACCACUGAUGCCACCACAACUACUGAUGCCACAACAACUGAUGUUACAUCCGCUCCAGAUGUCACCACAACCACUGAUGCCACCACCACUCCUGAUGCCACCACAACCACUGAUGCCACCACCACUCCUGAUGCCACCACAACCACUGAUGCCACCACAACCACUGAUGUCACCACCACUCCUGAUGUCACCACAACCACUGAUGUCACCACCACUCCUGGUGUCACCACCACUCCUGAUGUCACCACAACCACUGAUGUCACCACAACCACUGAUAUCACCACAACCACUGAUGUCACCACCACUGCUGAUGUCACCACCACUCCUGAUGUCACCACAACCACUGAUGCCACCACAACCACUGAUGCCACCACAACUACUGAUGCCACAACAACUGAUGUUACAUCCGCUCCAGAUGUCACCACAACCACUGAUGCCACCACCACUCCUGAUGCCACCACAACCACUGAUGCCACCACCACUCCUGAUGCCACCACAACCACUGAUGCCACCACAACCACUGAUGUCACCACCACUCCUGAUGUCACCACAACCACUGAUGUCACCACCACUCCUGAUGCCACCACAACCACUGAUGCCACCACAACCACUGAUGUCACCACCACUCCUGAUGUCACCACAACCACUGAUGUCACCACCACUCCUGGUGUCACCACCACUCCUGAUGUCACCACAACCACUGAUGUCACCACAACCACUGAUAUCACUACAACCACUGAUGUCACCACCACUGCUGAUGUCACCACCACUUCUGAUGUCACCACAACCACUGAUGUCACCACCACUGCUGAUGUCACCACCACUCCUGAUGUCACCACAACCACUGAUGCAACCACCACCGCUGAUGUCACCACCACUCCUGAUGUCACCACAAUCACUGAUGUCACGACAACCACUGAAGUCACCACCACUGCUGAUAUCACCACCACUCCCGAUGUCACCACAACCACUGAUGCCACCACCACACCUGAUGUCACCACAACCACUGAUGCCACCACCACUCCUGAUGGCACCACAACCACUGAUGCCACCACCACUCCUGAUGCCACCACAACCACUGAUGCCACCACAACCACUGAUGUCACCACCACUCCUGAUGUCACCACAAUCACUGAUGGCACCAUCACUCCUGAUGUCACAACAACAACUGAUGUCACCACAACCACUGGUGUCACCACCACCGCUGAUUUCACCACCACUCCUGAUGUCACCACAACCACUGAUGUCACUACAACCACUGAUGUCACCACCACUGCUGAUGUCACCACCACUCCUGAUGUCACCACAAUCACUGAUGCCACCACCACUCCUGAUGUCACCACAACCACUGAUGUCACCACAACCACUGAUGUCACUACCACUGCUGAUGUCACAACAACCACCGAUGUCACCACCACUCCUGAUGCCACCACAACCACUGAUGCCACCACCACUCCUGAUGCCACCACAACCACUGAUGCCACCACCACUCCUGAUGCCACCACAACCACUGAUGCCACCACAACCACUGAUGUCACCACCACUCCUGAUGUCACCACAAUCACUGAUGGCACCAUCACUCCUGAUGUCACAACAACCACUGAUGCCACCACAACCACUGAUGUCACCACCACUCCUGAUGUCACCACAAUCACUGAUGGCACCAUCACUCCUGAUGUCACCACAACCACUGAUGUCAUCACAACCACUGAUGCCACCACAACUACUGAUGCCACAACAACUGAUGUUACAUCUACUCCAGAUGUCACCACAACCACUGAUGCCACCACCACUCCUGAUGCCACCACAACCACUGAUGCCACCACCACUCCUGAUGUCACAACAACUGCUGAUGUCACCACAAUCACUGGUGUCACCACCACUGCUGAUGUCACCACCACUCCUGAUGUCACCACAACCACUGAUGCAACCACCACCGCUGAUGUCACCACCACUCCUGAUGUCACCACAACCACUGAUGCCACCACAACCACUGAUGCCACCACAACCACUGAUGCCACCACAACCACUGAUGCCACAACAACUGAUGUUGCAUCCACUCCUGAUGCCACCACAACCACUGAUGCCACCACCACUCCAGAUGCCACCACAACCACUGAUGCCACCACAACCACUGAUGUCACCACCAUUCCUGAUGUCACCACAACCACUGAUGGCACCACCACUCCUGAUGUCGCCACAACCACUGAUGUCACCACAACCACUGAUGUCACUACCACUGCUGAUGUCACAACAACCACUGAUGUCACCACAACCACUGAUGCCACCACAACCACUGAUGUCAUGACAACCACUGAUGCCACCACAACAACUGAUGUUACAUCCUCUCCAGUUGUCACCACAACCACUGAUGCCACCACCACUCCUGAUGCCACCACAACCACUGAUGCCACCACCACCACUCCUGAUGUCACCACAACCACUGAUGCCACCACAACCACUGAUGCCACCACCACUCCUGAUGUCACCACAACCACUGAUACCACCACCACUCCUGAUGUCACAACAACCGCUGAUGUCACCACAACCACUGGUGUCACCACCACUGCUGAUGUCACCACCACUCCUGAUGUCACCACAACCACUGAUGUCACUACAACCACUGAUGUCACUACAACCACUGAUGUCACCACCACUCCUGAUGUCACCACAACCACUGAUGCCACCACCACUCCUGAUGCCACCACAACCACUGAUGCCACCACAACCACUGAUGCCACAACAACUGAUGUUACAUCCACUCCUGACGCCACCACAACCACUGAUGCCACCACCACUCCUGAUGCCACCACAACCACUGAUAUCACUACAACCACUGAUGUCACCACCACUCCUGAUGUCACCACAACCACUGAUGGCACCACCACUCCUGAUGUCACCACAACCACUGAUGUCACCACAACCACUGAUGUCACCACCACUCCUGAUGCCACCACAACCACUGAUGCCACCACAACCACUGAUGUCACCACCACUGCUGAUGUCACCCCCACUCCUGAUGUCACCACAACCACUGAUGUCACCACCACUCCUGAUGCCACCACAACCACUGAUGCCACCACAACCACUGAUGUCACCACCACUCCUGAUGUCACCACAACCACUGAUACCACCACCACUCCUGAUGUCACCACCACUCCUGAUGCCACCACAACCACUGAUGUCACCACAACCACUGAUGUCACCACAACCACUGAUGUCACUACCACUGCUGAUGUCACAACAACCACUGAUGUCACCACCACUCCUGAUGCCACCACAACCACUGAUGCCACCACAACCACUGAUGUCACCACCACUGCUGAUGUCACCCCCACUCCUGAUGUCACCACAACCACUGAUGUCACCACCACUCCUGAUGCCACCACAACCACUGAUGCCACCACCACUCCUGAUGCCACCACAACCACUGAUGCCACCACAACCACUGAUGUCACUACCACUGCUGAUGUCACAACAACCACUGAUGUCACCACCACUCCUGAUGCCACCACAACCACUGAUGCCACCACAACCACUGAUGUCACCACCACUGCUGAUGUCACCCCCACUCCUGAUGUCACCACAACCACUGAUGUCACCACCACUCCUGAUGCCACCACAACCACUGAUGCCACCACAACCACUGAUGUCACCACCACUCCUGAUGUCACCACAACCACUGAUACCACCACCACUCCUGAUGUCACCACCACUCCUGAUGCCACCACAACCACUGAUGCCACCACAACCACUGAUGCCACCACCAUUCCUGAUGCCACCACAACCACUGAUGUCACCACAACCACUGAUGUCACCACCACACCUGAUGUCACGACAACCACUGAUGUCACCACAACCACUGAUGUCACCACAACCACCGAUGUCACCACCACUCCUGAUGUCACCACCACACCUGAUGUCACCACAACCACUGAUGUCACCACAACCACUGAUGCCACCACAACAACUGAUGUUACAUCCACUCCAGAUGUCACCACCACAACAGAUGUCACCACCACUCCUGAUGUCACCACAAUCACUGAUGGCACCACCACUCCUGAUGUCACAACAACCGCUGAUGUCACCACAACCACUGGUGUCACCACCACUGCUGAUGUCACCACCACUCCUGAUGUCACCACAACCACUGAUGUCACUACAACCACUGAUGUCACUACAACCACUGAUGUCACCACCACUCCUGAUGUCACCACAACCACUGAUGUCACCACAACAGAUGUCACCACCACUCCUGAUGUCACCACCCCUCCUGAACUGACCACCACCACUCAAUCUACGACUACUCUGAAACGUACCACCACCUCUGUGUCUACCACAGCUGCAGUGACCUGCAUGAAUGGAGGGUCCUGGAAUGGAGAAAUCUGUCUUUGCCCCAAUGGCUUCACAGGGGAUCGCUGUCAGAAUAGAGUCCCCACUGUCGCCUGCCAGAAUGGAGGCAUGUGGGAUGGGCUCAAAUGUCAGUGCACCAGCCUCUUCCAUGGGCCAAGGUGUGAGGAGGUGGUGGAUAGCAUUGAGAUAGAUAACACAGUCUCUGCAACCGUGGAAGUGAGUGUGACAGUAACCAACCACAACUACUCUGAAGAGCUACAGAACAAAACAUCCGAAGAAUUCAAGGAGUUCAAUAAAACAUUCACCGAACAGAUGGAGCACAUUUAUGAUGGAAUCCCUGAGUAUGAAGGGGUUGUUAUCAAAUUGCUGAGGAAAGGCAGUAUCGUGGUGGAUUAUGAUGUAAUCCUGAAGGCCAAGUACACUGAUAAAUAUGAAAGUGUGUUACAGAACGCCAGCAGUACUGUGAGGGAAAAAAUCGAGAAUGCAACCAAAUAUUAUGUAGCUAUUAAUAUCAACUGCUCAGAGUCACUGUGUUUCAACUCUUCUGCCACCAAUGUGCAAAAUGUUUCCAACUUUGUCACUCCUGAAGAGCAAUGCCAGAAACAGGCUGGAGAGGAGUAUGCAAAGUAUGUCUUCUUGGAGUCCAAGGACAAUAAGCUGCAGUGUGUCACAGCCUGCUCAACGGGCUACAAAAACUCCUUGGACUGCCACUAUGGCAAAUGCCAACUGCAGCGAAGUGGCCCUCAGUGCAUCUGCCUGACCACAGACACUCACUGGUACAGUGGGGAAACCUGCGAUCGGGGCAUCCAGAAAAGCCUGGUGUAUGGGCUCGUGGGAGCUGGGGUGGCAGUGUUGUUGGUGAUCCUUGUUGUCCUCAGUGUGUUCUCCAUGCGCUUCAGAAGAGAGGCAAAAAGGCAAACGUUCAAAGUGUCUCAGAUGCAGAAGUGGAAUGAAGAGGAAGGCAAAACUCCUGGAGCCGUCCACAAUGUCGGGUUUGACCACAACGAAGAAGGAGAAAAUUAUGUUCAUUUGGACUCCAUGUACAGCAACUUCGAGGCCUCCCUACGCCAUAUAAACCCUGAAGAAAAGAUCCAGAUUCAGAGGCCAGAGAUAGUCAUGACAUCACUGUAA